CUGCUUCAUAUUUUUGCUGCCUUUGGAGGGACAGAAAGAUCUUGGCGUGGAGCGCAUGCGUCAGUCUGCGUGUGGGGAGCUGCAAACCUCAUCUCCACGGCACACAUUUGACGCAAGUUGUGAAUAUAAAGCUCCAACAUCUGCACUCCACCACAUAACUUUAUCUCCGCAGAAAAAGGGGGACAAGAUGGAGAAGGCUUUUCUGAAGACUAAAGGGGGCAAAUAUCUUCAAGUACGUCAGAACACAAGAAAUGAGGUAAAGCUGUAUGCCCUCGAUCUUCAAGGCAAUAGAAAGGGUACUGAUGUGUGCAUACUGACACGGGAAAUAAACCAGAGAAAGCAAAUGGCUUUUCAGUUCCAUUACAAUCAUGGACUUUAUUCCCCAAAGGUGGAUGGAGAAAACAUUAAGAUGGAGAAAGUUUCUGUUGCUGAAAUGCUGGACUGCCACUGGUUUGAAAAAGUUAACCAGGGAUCAGCAGAACACUACAGUCUAAAGACGGUGGUUGAAACCCCACAGUAUCUUGCCAUGAAUACGGGGGGAAGCAGCAGUGAAAAACACCUGUUGAGUCUCACUCAUGAGCCUUUGCAGUGUUUGUACAUCACCAUUGAGAAGGUUCUCUCUGUGUACUCCGGCUUCCUCCCACAGUCCAAAAACAUGACAGACAUGACAGACUGCCACUCGCCCAAGGACCGCUGGAGACACUAGCAAGUAACAGAGGAUAAGCACGUACAGACAAUGGAGGGGUGGAUAAAAGCAGAUUAGGAUCAGAAUGAGCUUUAUUGGCCAAGAUUCUGUGCACAAACAAGGAAUAACACACAUAUGUUAAGUAUAAGAUUGAUUGAUGCAGUCUUGCAUAAAUAUUUCAUUCCCUCCUGACUGUUAGUGGCUGUAAAUACCCUCACCCUCCACGCUGGUCCAGAUUUUAUGUGGAUCACUGCAUCGCUUUGAUGGUUCUCUCCCCAGAUAAGGUGUUGAAGGAGAAAACCUACUGUCUAAGUCCCAGUGCUGGAUGACCGACAGCUUUCUGUGCUGAGCCUAAGACUUUGUGGCUGUGUUGACCUCAACACAGCCACAAAGCUGACCUCAACACAGCCGACAGCGUGGCAACCUCUGUCCAGGUGUGGCUGACAUUGUUGGGCAUGCUGGUGGCAGCCUUGGCCUUCAUACCCCUUGGGCAGCUUCAUCUUCAUCCCUUGCAGCGGUGGUUCAAUGCCUGCCACAUGGACCCCCUGUUCACAGGCGGGUCAAGGUGUGGGUCAUGCCCAGGUGCUGGCUCUUCUGUGUCACUGGAGAUAUGCCACGUACUUACGACGAGAGGGAGCUGUUGACAACAGAGGCAUUGCCCCUGGGUUGGGGAGCAGUGUGGCAAUGCAGGUUCAUCCAGGGGCUGUGGGGCCCUUGACAGGGUAGGCUGCACAUAAAGGUCCUGGAGCUGCGGACCAUUUACUUGUUGCUGAGGCACUUCUGGCCUAUUCUCAGGGGCAAGCAUGUGCUUGUCCAGACCAUCAAUACCUCAGUGGUGUUUCAUGUGAACGGUCGGAGGGGGACCAGGUCACUGCAGUUCCUGAGGGAGUCCAGAGGCUGUUGACUUGGUCUUGCCCUCCACUCGCCUCUAUGAGAAUGAUGGCGCUUCCGGGCAGGAGUAACUCUGUUGCAUAUUACCUGUCCCGACAAAGGGUUUCACCAGGGGAAUGGCAGUUGCAUCCUUAGGUGAUUUAGAGGAUCUCGGAUCAGUUUGAUGAGGCCCAGGUAGAUCUGUUUGCCUCAGGGAUCACAACGCAUUGUCCCUUGUGAUUUUUACUGGAAGAGGCCAGCUCCCUGCUAGGGAUGGAUGCCUUCGCCAACACCUGGCAGGGUGAGCUGCUGUAUGACUUUCCACCAUUUCCACGAUCCUGCCCAGUCUUCACCGGGUAAAUUCCUACGCUGAGAGGGUUCUCUUAGUGGCCCAUGAGGGUCUGGUUUCCAAUGCUCCUCCACCUGUUAAACGUGGAGCCAUGGCGGCUUACGGUAAGAGGGGACCUGUUGUCCCAGAUGGAUGGGAAGGUGUGGUAUCUGUUCCCGGGUCUAACGGGUCUGGAGCCCCAAAUGCACCAGACACUACAGAAUGCCAGGGCUCGUUGUACAUAGAAAGCUUUUGCUGUUUGUUGAUGGCACUUUGCAGCUAACAUGAGCAUACAUUUGCACUACUGUUGCUGUUCAGCAGUCAGACCAGCAGUUCGUCUGCCUCCUGAGUGAUAGGUGAUUAUCCCGUUCCUUGUGACAUUGUUGGCAUAAGUCAUCCACUUUGUUUACUGCCACUGGCAAUCAGAAAGAAAUAACACAGAUCAGAAGUUACAUUGCAACUAUGGCUUUGUGAAUUCCUGGAUAACUGCUGGUCACACUGGUCAAUCGGAACUUCUCACAGAGAAGAUCCCAGGAGACCGAACGUAGCCUCUCACAUGCUAUUAAUAGUAGAGAUGCCCAGGUAGGAUACAUGUACGUAUGUGACUUUGUUUAUAUAAAAUCUCAAUGUGCGUGAAGCAUGAAGGAGACAUUUCCACUUUGUUUACUUCCAGUGGCAGUCAUCCAGGAAUUCUGAAACUAUACUUACAAGUCUUGGCUUGAUAAAAGUUGCUGACAACAACUAGAUUUGGAGUAAGACUGAAGCUGCAGCUUUGCAAAAAACCCCAUAGUCUGUCAAAUCAUUUCUAGCACAUGUUUUUACAGCCGUUCUGUUUUCACACACUAAACAUUGCUGAAAUGUAUACUGUACUUUUAUUCCUUGUGUAAAACUACAUUGAUUGAUUAUGUUUUUGAGCUACUCCUUAACGCCUUUUUUUCCAGUAAGUUUUCAUUUUGUGUUAACUGUCUUCAUCCUUUUAAUAUUUUCUGACAUCCUGUUUUAUUUUUUAAAGGAAUAAAUUGCACGUAUCACCAAGAUCUACAGUAUAAGUGAAAGCCUGCUCUCUAUGUGUAACCUCAUCAGGCAAAGUACGUUCUCAACGUGGUUGGACUUUGUGUGUUUUACUCUCUCUGUUUGCAAAGUACCCUGGUAAACUAAGUCCAGGUGCAACUCUCACUGUUAGCGACUAAAUACCCGAAGGCAUGUCACAAAAACAACGCAGGAAAUAAACACUAUUCAACAUAAUGUAAUGCUUUACUAUUAGUUAUCAUAUAUGAAUGUAGUGAACCAUGUUUUUGCAUAAUACUGUCUCCUGUGCUUAUUGUUGCUGUUUAACCUUUUAAUGUAUUUUAUCUCCUGUAUCUUAAGUAUAUACAUUAUAUUGUUUACUGACAAUGUAACUUGUGAAAAACAAAUCCUCGGCACAAGCUGGUCUGCAUUUUUUUAAUGAAUAAUCCCAGUAGCUUGACAUCAUGUUGUGUAGAGACUUGUUAGUGAUCUGAAUUCUUACCAAAAUCCGGCUGAAUAAUGUGCCUAGAAGACUAGAGGAAAGAAAAACUGCUGCAUGUAGAAGUAUAUUUAAGUAGCAGUUUUGAGAAUUUCUAUGGAGUUUACCAGCUUUUAAAUCUCACUUGAAGUACAUCAUAUUCACACAGAUGAAACUUAACAAAGUUCACACAUUACAUUAGGAAAAAAGUAAACCAGCGUCUGAAAGCAAAAGUCAUCAGCUGAUUAGGCUGCAUGGCAAGACGUCUGGGUAAACCACGACUUGCCUUUAAUUAUUGAUCCAUAAAUUCACCAAAAAAUCCUGAAGGAGAAGGUCCAUUUAUUAGUACAUGCAACAUGAAAGUGAUCCAAAGCACAACAACAAUUAAACUUUUAAAUAUCAAUAACAAAAACAAAAUAAAUGUUUUGGAGUGGCCUAGUCAAAGUCUGAACUUAAAUUUGAUUGAAAUGAUGUGGUGUGUCUUCGAACAAGCUGUUUAUGCCAGUGUGGCUUAAUUAAAAAUAUUUCUACUGGAGAAGACUGUCUGCAAAUUUCUCCGCAGUAAUGUAAAAGACACUUAAUAGCAUUUCCCUCCAAGCUUUAUUUUGGGCCAGAGAUAGCAGGCCACAAAUACUGGUUUGUUAUUGUUUCUUCAAGUACUUUUAUCUAGCAUGCUAACACCCAUAGGGUUUUAUCAGAGUCAUUCCUGGAAUCAUGAUAACAAUCACUACAACUAUGAGACGCCAUAAAAAAUUUGAAUAUUUUUCAUGUUGGUUGUUUGGAUAAUACCUCUUAUUGAAUUUUUUUCCAGUCAGAAAUGCAGAAUCUUUUUUGCUUCUUCAUAACAGAAACAUUAUUGUAACUCUGGACUCGUUAAAACCAACAGAGAUUAUCAGGGAAGCAAACAGACUGCAGGGAAUACAUUGAGAUGGCACAAAUAGUUUUCCAAUUGAUGUAUGAUGCUGUCUGCCACCAUUUAACAAAUUGUUCUUAUAGAUUAAUGGAUAACAUAAAUUAAUAAAUGAACAUGGAUAAAUUA